UAUCAGCUAGACUGGAAAAUCAUCAGUUGCCUCGCAAAAACAGAACAAUCAAUUUCUUGUUUUAGCCAAGAAAAUGAAGUUCUUAAUAUCUGCUCUACUUUUCACCUCUGCGGUGUUUAUACAAUUAGCCUCGAGCUUGCCACUCAACGACCUUGGACCUAAUGCAGACACCAAGAACCCUUCAAAUGCUGGUUCUCCAGUAAUCGGACAAACAACACCAAAUGACCAAUCUAAGUCGGUUUCUAGCCCUUUAGGUAUAUCUAAAGAUGGACCUAAAACAUCACCAAAUGAGCAGCCUGACCUCGCUUCUAAUCCUCAAGCUCAACCUCAAGAUGGAUCUAGCAAGUCACCAGCUGAUCAGGGUAAACUAGGAGGAAAAUAUGAGGAACAUGUAAAACCUGAAAAGUUCGAAGAACCUAAGGAAUCGCUUUCAAGUCCUCCAGGUCAACCCAAGGACGGAUCUAAACCAGAACGAUAUGAACAUCUAAAACCAACGGAACAAGCGGAAGAACCUAAUGAACAACAUCAAAAUGGCAGCAAACCUGAGGCAGGUAAAGACUCUAAAGAAUCCAAAGAAUCUGAUAACGCUAAACAUAAUGAAGAAGAAGAAGAAGAAGAAGAGGAAGAAGAAGUAGAAGACAGAAGCCAUGAAAAUGCAGAUGUUAGCACAUGUGACAGGGAUGAAAAUUCAGACGAUCCUGAACAACUUGUAAUAUUUGGAAUUUUUAAAAAAGCUAAACAUUCUGGGGAUAAAAAAGAUAAAUAUGGAGAAAAACAAGGAGCUUGGCACGAUGGAUCGGCUGGACCAAUGAGACAAUCACUACCAGAACCACAAAAAGUAGUUAUGCCACCAUCCUCUGCUAAAGAUGGAGAUGUACCACCACCCCCUCCUAAGCCUAAAGAUGUAACACAACUUCCUCCUAAAAAUGGAGACGUACCACCACCCUCUGGUAAAAAUGGAGAUGUACUACCACCCCCUCCUAAGCCUGAAGAUGUAACACAACCCCCUUCUAAAAAUGGAGACGUACCACCACCCUCUGCUAAAAAUGGGGAUGUACUACCACCCCCUCCUAAGCCUGAAGAUGUAACACAACCCCCUUCUAAAAAUGGAGACGUACCACCACCCUCUGCUAAAAAUGGAGAUGUACUACCACCCCUUUCUAAGCCAGGAUAUGUAACACCAUCUCCUUCUAAGCCUGGAGAUUUAUCUUCACCCUCUCCUAAGGAUGGAGAUCUAUCAAAAGACCCUUCUAAGGCUGCAGAUUUAUCACCACUCCCUGGUAAGAAUGGAGAAGAAAACCCUGCUAAGGCUGGCUCUUUAACUGCUGGACCACCAACACCAAAAGGAGGAAAUUAA